CCCCCGCGCUCGUCCCGGCGGCUGGAGCCGAGCGGCGCAUCCGGGCGGGGAGAGGAGGAGGACCACGAGUUCCUCGAAAGGGACCAAGUCGCCAGGCGCACGGGAGGAAGGGCGGCGGACGCGCGGCCGACAGGGCUGGUGGCGCCCGGACCCCGGCAGCCCCCGCGCCCCGGCCCCCACGGCCUGCGGCAUGGCCCGGGGCCCGGCGCCGCCGUCGCUGCGCGUCCCGGCCGUCUGGGCGGCCGCUGCGCUCCUGCUCUGCGCGUCCCGGACCUCAGGGCAAGCGGAGGUUCCAGACCCCAGUGAACCCCUGGGACAGCUGGACGGACAUGACGGCCCUAUUCCCACUCUGAAAGGGUACUAUCUGAAUUUCCUGGAGCCGGUCAACAACAUCACCAUCGUCCAGGGCCAGACGGCCAUCCUGCACUGCAAGGUGGCCGGAAACCCGCCGCCCAGCGUGCGGUGGCUGAAGAACGACGCGCCGGUCGUGCAGGAGCCCCGGCGCGUCAUCAUCCGCAAGACGGAGUACGGCUCCCGGCUGCGCAUCCAGGACCUGGACACCACGGACACCGGCUACUACCAGUGCGUGGCCACCAACGGGGUGAAGACCAUCACCGCCACCGGCGUCCUGUUCGUGCGGCUCGGUCCAACACACAGCCCAAAUCAUAACUUUCAGGAUGACUACCACGAGGAUGGAUUCUGCCAGCCUUACCGGGGGAUCGCCUGUGCCCGCUUCAUUGGGAACCGGACCAUUUACGUGGACUCCCUGCAGAUGCAGGGUGAGAUUGAAAACCGCAUCACAGCCGCCUUCACCAUGAUCGGCACGUCCACGCACCUGUCGGACCAGUGUUCGCAGUUCGCCAUCCCGUCCUUCUGCCACUUCGUGUUCCCGCUGUGCGACGCGCGCUCCCAGGCGCCCAAGCCGCGCGAGCUGUGCCGGGACGAGUGCGAGGUGCUGGAGAGCGACCUGUGCCGCCAGGAGUACACCAUCGCGCGCUCCAACCCGCUCAUCCUCAUGCGGCUGCAGCUGCCCAAGUGCGAGGCGCUGCCCCUGCCCGAGAGCCCGGACGCCGCCAACUGCAUGCGCAUCGGCAUCCCGGCCGAGAGGCUGGGCCGCUACCAUCAGUGCUACAACGGCUCGGGCACGGAUUACAGAGGGACGGCGAGCACCACCAAGUCGGGCCACCAGUGCCAGCCCUGGGCCCAGCAGCACCCACACAGCCACCGCCUGACUAGCGCCGACUUCCCCGAGCUCGGAGGGGGGCACGCCUACUGCCGGAACCCCGGGGGGCAGAUGGAAGGGCCCUGGUGCUUCACGCAGAAUAAAAACGUACGCAUGGAACUGUGUGACGUACCUUCUUGUAGUCCCCAAGACAGCAGCAGGAUGGGCAUCCUGUACAUCUUGGUUCCGAGCAUCGCCAUCCCCUUGGUCAUCGCGUGCCUUUUCUUCCUGGUCUGCAUGUGCCGGAAUAAGCAGAAGGCUUCUGCCUCGACGCCGCAGCGGCGGCAGCUGAUGGCCUCCCCGAGCCAGGACGUGGAGAUGCCUCUCAUUAGCCAGCACAAGCAGGCCAAACUCAAGGAGAUCAGCCUGUCCACGGUGCGGUUCAUGGAGGAGCUCGGGGAGGACCGAUUCGGGAAGGUCUACAAAGGCCACCUGUUCGGCCCGGCGCCGGGCGAGCAGACCCAGGCUGUCGCCAUCAAGACGCUGAAGGACAAGGCGGAGGGGCCGCUGCGGGAGGAGUUCCGGCACGAGGCCCUGCUGCGGGCGCGGCUGCAGCACCCCAACAUCGUCUGCCUGCUGGGCGUGGUGACCAAGGACCAGCCCCUCAGCAUGGUCUUCAGCUACUGCCCCCACGGCGACCUGCACGAGUUCCUGGUCAUGCGCUCGCCGCACUCGGACAUGGGCAGCACGGACGACGACCGCACGGUCAAGUCCGCCCUGGAGCCGCCCGACUUCGUGCACGUGGUGGCGCAGAUUGCGUCCGGCAUGGAGUACCUGUCCAGCCACCACGUGGUCCACAAGGACCUGGCCACGCGCAACGUCCUGGUGUACGACAAGCUGACGGUGAAGAUCUCGGACCUGGGGCUGUUCCGCGAGGUGUACGCGGCCGAUUACUACAAGCUGGCUGGCAGCGCGCCGCUGCCCAUCCGCUGGAUGUCCCCCGAGGCCGUCGUGUACGGCAAGUUCUCCGUGGACUCGGACAUCUGGUCCUACGGCGUGGUCCUGUGGGAGGUGUUCAGCUACGGCCUGCAGCCCUACUGCGGGCACUCCAACCAGGACGUGCUGGAGAUGGUGCGCAGCCGGCAGGUGCUGCCCUGCCCCGACGACUGCCCCGCCUGGGUGUACGCCCUGAUGAUCGAGUGCUGGCACGAGUUCCCCAGCCGGCGGCCCCGCUUCAAGGACAUCCACAGCCGGCUCCGCGCCUGGGGCAACCUGUCCACCUACAACAGCUCGGCGCAGACCUCGGGGGCCAGCAACGCCACGCAGACCAGCUCCCUGAGCACCAGCCCCGUCAGUAACGUCAGCAACGCCCGCUACGGGGGCCCCAAGCAGAAGGCCCAGCCCUUCCCGCAGCCCCCGUUCAUGCCCAUGAAGGGCCAGAUCAGACCCAUGGUGCCCCCGCCCCAGCUCUACAUCCCCGUCAAUGGGUACCAGCCAGUGCCGGCCUACGGCGCCUACCUGCCCAACUUCUACCCGGUCCAGAUCCCGAUGCAGAUGGCCCCGCAGCAGGUGCCUGCCCAGAUGGUCCCCAAGCCCGGCUCCCACCACAGUGGCAGCGGCUCCACCAGCACAGGGUACGUCACCACCGCGCCCUCCAACACGUCCGUGGCGGACAGGGCAGCCCUGCUCUCGGAGGGCACCGAGGACGCACAGAAUGUCCCAGAAGAUGUGGCCCAGAGCCCCGUGCAGGAAGCGGAGGAGGAGGAGGACGGCUCCGUCCCUGAGACCGAGCUGCUGGGAGACAAUGACACGCUGCAGAUGGACGAGGCUGAGGUCCAGCUCGAGGCCUGAGGCUGGCCGGGCCGUGGGGCACUUGGGGGGAGACGAGCCGCCUGGAGGAGUGAGCCCUGGGCACCGGUGGGCUGUGAACAUGUCACUGUGCGAAGCCUUCCUCUGUCGUCCUCUCGUGCACAGAGCUGCGCUGUGGCCACCUGUUUGGUUGGAGGGUCUUUUAGCCAAUGGUACCUGGCCAGGCAAGGUUGGCAGGCCCAGCAGGACGCAUGGGGACCCCCAGGGCCACCUGCAUUUCCCCGAGGUAGAUCAGCGGUGAGCACUGCCUGUGCUCUGAAGGUGGCAUCUUCCCCCCACGUUGCAGAUGGAUUGAAUACUUCCAGACUUGGGGGGAAACAGGCCUGCAGAAGGCAGCAAAGUGGGACCGCGGGCUUUGCAAGUCCCAGCAACUGGCCUGUUGGAUGAGGAUGGAGAAGGAUGCUUUUCUCUCUACUGCCCCCUGCGGGCGGCAGUCUGCCUUCAGCCACCAAAGAUGAGCAGGAACAGGACAUGCCUCCUGCCUCCUGUCAGGGUCCGAUGAGAAGGGGCUUCUGAGAUGAGAGCUCCGUCUUACAACAAUGUGCCUUAGAAGAAACCCACACGACUUUGUCUUUUUGUGAAAUGUUUUGAAUUACCCUGCAUGUGUAUUUUGCCCACUUUCCUGGAAUUCAAGGGAAAGUUUUCUGUUGUUUUUUUUUUCGGUGGGGGGGGGGUUGGAAUGUUAGAAAGGCAGCAAUAUUGUACAGAGCACAGUAUUGUUAUUUUUUUUUUUGAAGAAUCAUGUACAGACCUUAAAUGUAAUUUAUACGGUUUUUUGUAUGCCAUUUUCAUUGAAGUAUUUUGAGCUGAAAAUAAUGACUUCGUAAUUUAACUGUUUACGGUCCCCACUUUGGGAGGCCACCUGAUUGCUCUUUGGUUUGCUUGUGUUUGUAUCACACGUAAGCGAGGUCCGUUCACUUCAGAGCUCCUGUGGGAGAAGGCCCACGGGCACACCGCCGCCGACACGCGGGACAGAGUCCGCGUGCAACUCCCACACCUGGUGUGUCCAGUAAAGCGAAACAGAACGUUUGGCCGGCUCUCUGCAGGUUGUGAGGCUGCCGGGCGGCGGGAGGAGCUAACAGAGACGCAGAACGGUGACGAUCGGAGGCUUGCGGGGCUGUCCGGGACCAGCCACUCCAUUUGAAUGUGGAUGUACGUUGGCAGGCACAGGAUGGGAACGAGUGGUAUUGCUUUUCGCGGUGAGGUCUGCGGGAGGCGGGGUGCCGGUCGGGGAUCAGCUGCAGCUGAUGUGAAGAUGGUCUUUGGUGUUAAAGCUCUGCUCCUCCUGAGGCCCCAACCCCUGCCAUUUACAGGCCUGGAGCCUGGCACUCCCCAGGGCCCUGGGGCAGGGCUAGGUGGUCAGACGGUGAGGGAGAUUGGGCCUCCUUCACCCCUGCCCAGAGCUGCCUGUGUCCCCUGGGCAGUCAGCCGUGUGGCCAGCUAAGUCCAGGUAUCCUUGGGCCAGAGAGCACCAGGACCAGGGUCACCUGGAGGGUCAGUAGCCGCGGGGCUUCCGGUCAGGGGAGGGGCACAGCCACAACCUAGGCCAGCUUGGGCCCCUGCUCACCCCAGGGCUGGCCUCUUUCCCCCAGCAUGGCCUGGGAGCUUCUCCGUGUUUACUGGUGGUGGGGCCAUAGCCCCGGGCCACCGAGGAACGGCUUCACUUCCGUAGACAGUGGGCUCUUCAGCCAGCAUCGGGUCGUCCCACAGGGCUUGUUACAGAACCAGCACUGCCCUCCCCGCUCGCAGGCAGGUCCGGCUGGGGCCGAGAACUGCAUCUCCAGCAAGUGCCCAGAGGGUGCCGGUGCCGGAAGCCCCUGAGCACAGAGCCACUGGAUCCUGCCUCCUGGGUCUCCCCGGCUGCCCAGCACGUCGGAUCAUCCUGAGUUUCCCACGCUUCUGUGCCUUGGCAUCGCUGAGGGAUAGAGCUGCACACGCCAACAAAGGAGCAUCUGAGUGUGCACCUGAAGAUCAGGAGGGACUCUGCUCGGUGGAAGGAACUAACGUGAACAGGAUAAAGACCGGGGGCCCCUCGGAGCCCCUCUCCCCGCAAGCGUGGUCCAGGUUGCGUAUUAAAAGGACUCAGGGUUACAUAGAGUUACUUCCCAUUUCCACUGAUCUGAAAGAGGAACUUCAUUCUGUCGCUAAUUUGGUACCCCUGGUGCUUUCACUGUUCCGUUGAGACCUAAGAGGGAGGAUUGGGAAAUAGCUCUUCGGCUGUUCCCCCAGCAGACAGUCAGGGAGGCGGCGGCGCAUCACUCAGCCCCCCAGACGUGAACGUGCCGCUCCCGGCCACUGACAGCGCCACAGAGCGAGCAGCGGAGAUCCUGCAGAAAGACACUUG